GACGUGACACCACCCAACAGUACACGUCAUUUACCAUGGCUGUGAUUUCUUGCCGCUUACUGUUGAUCUCUAUAUUUUUAUGGCAAUUUCUAGUUCACGCUCAAGAAACACCGAGUGAAAAUGUGUAUUCUGCUAGGGUAGAGAGUUGCAGUGGAUGACGACUGAAUAGGCUUCCUGAAGUGAGACAGUUUAUCUUUGAUGAUAUUCCACUGUUACGUGACACCACCCAACAGUACACGUCAUUUACCAUGGCUGUGAUUUCUUGCCGCUUACUGUUGAUCUCUAUAUUUUUAUGGCAAUUUCUAGUUCACGCUCAAGAAACACCGAGUGAAAAUGUGUAUUCUGCUAGGGUAGAGACGGUUGAGUUGAAGGAGAUGAAUCGAGAACAGUGCAACGACCUCCUCCUUCAGCACAGCUUCUUCCGGAGAGAGAAGGAAGAAGAUGCUGUCCCCGAGCAGUAUCACACUGGCCCAUACAUCAAGCAGAAAGAUGAGUUGUAACCAUGGCGAUGGUUCGUAGGUCUUCCUGUGAUAGGCAAGCCGUGUGCAAAGUCUCUCCGCAAGUAAUGUUCUGUUGCCCUCGUAUUAGACGCACGCGUGGCUAUAUAUUGUUGCUUGGCUUUCGUAGCCACUGUGCGUUAGUGCGUAGGGCUUGUAAAAUAUAUUUUCUUUGAAAAAAUAUUGUUGACUGGGAAUGGCUCGAAUUAGUUUCAAUUCUCGUAUUUAAAGGUGUUUUUAAUCGCGAAUCAAGUCUUGGUCACUUUGUGUUUUGGCAUUUGCCUUCGUCUGUUAGCAGCGGGAGAGACUUUGCGUUGGUUUUUGGGCCACCUGCUCUGCUGUUUGUUACGAGAUGCUUCACUCCUGGGUCGCAGUAGCAAUGACAUCGGCAACUCAAACGUCGUGGUUGUCGAUCGAUGAUCCUUCUUGCUUAGGAGAUGAAGAGUCAACUGACAUAACGCAGAGCAGAUUACUUUUUGUUCGCUGUCCGCCAUCUUGAAUGGUGUAAAAUUCAUGCAAGUUGCAGUCGGUAUGCUAGUAUUUCCUUAUGUACCCAGCUGCAGGGCCGGAUUUAGGACUGGGCAAGCUGGGCAAGCUGCCAAGGGGCCUUCACAACCAGGGGCCUCCACAUAAUUCACGGAAACAAUAUUUGUUAAGGAAAAUGUAAUUGAAUUUUGUUUGUGAGUGGUAGAAACAGCUAACUGGUUGUUUUCCUGUCAUUGCUCAGCACACAUCGGCAGACAAAUAUCUCAAAUCGAACGUCAUAUCCAUCUCAACGUCGAUUUUCGUGCUUGCUUAUUCAGAUUCUUUCUACUUGAAGAAAUUUACUUUAUGGAUGACUGUAACUAUGUCUUGUCAUCUUUUAGUUUUUAGUAUUCUAAGGUAGGGUGGGCAUCCACUACUGAAGGCUGCCCAGGGGGCCUCCACAUGUCUAAAUCCAGUCCUGCCCAGUUGAAAAUGUGUGCUUAUAUGAUAUAAUAUCUGAUUGAGGGUUGACAGGUGAAUGCUGAUGUUGGAACUUGGUAGGUUAUGUUGGUAUGUUGGUGGUAUGUUUAACGGUUUACGAGAUUGUACGUAACGCCUGCGAUGUGGUAAUUACAUCCUAUAGGUACGUGUUGGCGAAUUAUAAUCUAGACGAGAUGGAAUUUUCAAAUUCCAGAACCUAAUUCUAAUGGUUGCCUAGAAAAUGAGUCGUAUGUAAUGGGUUCUCUGCGAGGCUUGUAAGGUUUUUGAAGCUGUGAUAUAAAUUGUCGUGUUGCCGGUCUUCAUAUACCUGUACAUUUUCUAUCUGACAGCAGUGAUGCAACCUAGCGUACAUUGUCACUUGGCUUUUUUGGCUAAGCGAAAUCACCGGUUUUAGUUCUUGUGAUCUGUGGCGUCUGGUCUGUAUAGGAGACAGCUAGGUAACUGUCAUUGUUGUUACUAUAUAACGUUUUCUGCUCACGGCAGUGUUUGAUUAGCCUAUGAAAUUUCUAAUCAUCACAUAAAUUCCUUAGAAAAAUGUUGAUGGUAAAGUGAAAUCGAGCAAACCAUAUAAUAACCAUUACAGACACGAUUCUGUGUUUAUUUUGCUUAGAAUGGCAUUGCUGUAUUGCAAAUAGGUAAUGAACGUGUAAUAAAAUUCAAAUAUGUAAAGCUAUGUCCAAAUUUUUAACAGUAAUUUAACACAGUUAUCCUUGUAGAUCUAGCUGUAGGUCUGCAGUUUAGGAGUUAUCACUGAUAAUGUAAUUGGAUUUGUAAUAAUUGAAAGGUUUGUCUCUUAGUGUGUCUGUGUGUGGGCAACAUGAUUAUGGGGCAGGGAAUAUGUUACAUUACCAGAAAUCAAAUACAAUUCUUGCACCAGUUAACAGCACAGUGUCACUUGUGCUGUCUGGCAAUGACGUUGUUAUGGGUACCCUGUCUUCAUUUUAGAUUCAGGGUGAUGUUAAAGUGUGGUUCUGAAUAAAACUGUCUGUUAUGUAAAGUUUUCUAAAA